CCAGAACUAACAUGGACCAGUUGUGGUUUUUAGAUGAAUAUAUUUUGCCUUUUGUCUCUUGUAGGUCACAUGUCAGAGGAGGAGAGAAAUAAGGAGCCCUCUCUGUUCACCAGGGCCAUAAGCAAGCAGUUAACCUCUGUAGAUAAAGAAACACUUGAAGAGGCAGUUAAGCCAGAUACUCAAAGCAGGACUGUGCCCUGUAGGGAGCUGCUGCACUUCCUCCAAAGGAACAUCAUCAUUGCUGUUUGCGCAGUGGCGGGAAUCCUAGUGACCACAGUGGUGUUGCUGCUCAUGCUAACCAUGCAUGCCAGGAGGAAACAGGCGUUAUAUCCUCCGGCAAACAUGACAUAUAACAUUUUUAUAAUGAAUGAAAAGGCCUGGUGGGACAAGUCUCAAGAAAAGAACUCCAAAAAAUACUCAGGAAAGCAGGAACAGCUGAGCUGUGAUUAGGUAGGGUUGGGCCAGCCCCCUGGACUCGGAGCCGAGGCGACGCGCGUCCACACACCCCCCGGAGAGGCACCUGGGUCUGGCUGUGAGGUGUACUGCACGAACAUUUACACUCUUGGCACCUUGGGUGGGCCAAGACAAAGUGUUCCACCACAGGGUGCUUGUGGUGGUGUGGCACCAUGACUAGCACAGCGACUCAGGGCAUUCUCAUGAAGACAAAACUGACAAACACUGGGUUUCUUUAGUAAAGCGUUGAUUCAUUGAUUCAGUCAUCCAUCAAGCAGAUGUUAGCUGAACGGCGAAUACCUAGACAAUACAAAAAUACAUGAGGCAACCAAAGGCGCUGGAGUCAGGCAUGGC